AUAAAAAGAUAUUUUAAAGGAUGGAAAGCCACGUCGAUUGGGUUCUAAGAUGCCGUGGCUUACCCUACUCCAUCACCAAAGUGGAGAUGGAGAAGUUCUUCGACACUUCGACCCUGGCUACUAAUACUGAGGACUGUGUUCAGAUCACAUACAACGAGGAAGGUCGACCGUCCGGCGAGUGUUUUGUGGUGAUGUCGAAUGAGGAGAGCUAUUAUAACGGCCUUAGAAAAAACAACGAGUACCUUAAAUCCAGGUAUAUCGAAGUGUUUGAGUCAGAUUGGGACGACAUGAACCGCGCCCUCCAAAAAGGGGCAGUCAACAGACAGUAUUACGGCGGUACAGAGGCACCCAUCGUUAAAUUACGUGGACUUCCCUUUAGCGUUACGGACGAGCAGAUCACGGAGUUCUUCUCUGGGCUCCAGGUCAUCUCUAUGAAGGUCAAAAGAAAAGAGGACGGUGAUGCUACAGGCGAGGGCUAUGUUAAGUUCGGGAAACAGUCCGAGGCAACUACCGCUCUCGAAAAGCACAUGCAGAAGAUAGGACACAGAUAUAUAGAAGUGUUCAAAGGAUCAAAACGGGAAAUGAGGGAAGAAAUACCGCUGGACAGCAAGAAACCCAAGAAACUGGGAUACGGAGGCGAACUUGCCUACAUGGGUGGGCCAAAAGAUCAUAAGGUAUUUAUGCGGGGUAUCCCCUUCAAGGCAUCACAAGGGGAUGUCAUCAAAUUCUUCGCCCCCCUAAUGCCCCGCCACAUAGAAAUCAUAAUUGGGGAUGAUGGGCGGCCCUCGGGGACUGCCUUCGCGUUCUUCCAUUCUCACGAAGAUGCGCUGCUGGCGAUGGAGAAGGAUAAAGAGACCAUGGAUACUCGAUAUGUGGACCUUUUCCUCGAGUCCUCAGCUGAAAAUGGCACCGUGGAAGACCCAGUGACGCAGGCACAAAAGCUGAUAGCUCAAGCUCACGGGCUGCAACCGCCCGCUCCUCAGAACGAGUCUGCACAUGAUGUGACCUUGACUGCUCAGCAUCUUAUAGCACAAGCACGUGGUGUGCCCCCACCAGCUGAAUUUCCGUCAGCAGGACAGCCUCCGUAUCCAGGGGCACAACCCCCUGCCCCAUAUCCAGGGGCGCAACCCCCUCAACAGCACUAUCCCUCUGCUUCACAUGGCUCUGAUCCUCCUGUUAGGAAACGACUCAUGGCUGGUGCUGUCCGACCUAUCGCUUCCUAUGAUUAUAAAUUAGCUGAGGAUGAGUACUCAAACAAGCGACACAAGAGAGAUAACGAACGAGGCGGUGGCCGUUUCAAGCGAGGAUUCCAGGGCAACGGUGGUAUCCCGGCGCGUGGAGGGUCCCAAUCCGGAGGUAGAGGUAUCCCGGCGCGGUCCAGGGGGAGUAGAGGAGGACCUCCACGAGGAGGGUUCCCUUCUCGUAGUACAGGGUUCAGUAGGAAGCCUAUGAGUUUAAUGGUCAGUGCGACGGACCCGAGUCCUGACACUGCUACUAACGGUGAUAACACGGAUGUGUAUAAUAGUGGUUACCCGGCUUUGCCUGCUGCUAAUACCGCCUAUCAGGACCCUAAUUCUGUUUAUCAAGAUCCUAGUUCCGCUUAUCAAGAUCCCAAUUAUGGAUACCAAAACCCUUACCCUGGAUAUCAAGGUCCUACCUCCAGUUACACAGACUCUUAUGCUGGUUACCCAGGUUACCCUACUGCAAGUACUGGUUACUCAGCCCAGAGCUAUCCAAACCCAGCUGCAAUCUCAGCUACAGACUAUUCCAGCUAUUUGCCUGGUUCGGGCAAUGGUAUGCAGGGUAUGCAGCAGUAUUCGUACCAAAGCUAACGUUUAUCUACUGAAGCAAUGGUAUGCAGGGUAUGCAGCAGUAUUCGUACCAAAGCUAACGUUUAUCUACUGAAGCAAUGGUAUGCAGGGUAUGCAGCAGUAUUCGUACCAAAGCUAACGUUUACCUACUGAAGCAAUGGUAUGCAGGGUAUGCAGCAGUAUUCGUACCAAAGCUAACGUUUAUCUACUGAAGCAAUGGUAUGCAGGGUAUGCAGCAGUAUUCGUACCAAAGCUAACGUUUAUCUACUGAAGCAAUGGUAUGCAGGGUAUGCAGCAGUAUUCGUACCAAAGCUAACGUUUAUCUACUGAAGCAAGAUUUUUAUCGUUUGUUCUACUGACCGUUAAACAGAAUAUUCCUUGUAUUCUUUUGAAGACAAAAUUGAAUAUUAUUAUAUACAAAAUAUUAUUACAGUUCAUGUUAUGUAUUGUAAAUGAUAUCAUCGAUUUUAUGAUAUUAAUGAUUCAUUCCGAUCCAAAAAACCAGUCCAUAGGACCAAAAUAAUUUUCUUUUGAUUCGAUAGAACCGAAUUCGAUAUCAUCCAUCCUGGAUAAAUCGUUGGUAGCAUCUGAGGUUUUUCUUGAUUCUCUUAUACUUAAUAAAAUCAUUUUUAUAAUCUAAAACGAUAGUUUACAACGAUGAUAAUUUAUUAUGUCGUUAAAGUUCUGUCUCUUUUCGUUUGCUUAUUGGCCACUUGGCCUGGCACCACAUGCCCUAAUGUCUGGUCUUGCCUGGUCUUGCCUGGUCUUGCCUGGUCACCCGUGAGUGUUGAGGACUGCUCUACUUCCAGUUAUUGAAGUUCCAACCUCAACACCUAAGCAUACUGUGUUAAGCAUGCUAGCUAAAACAUCCGGAACUGAAUUCUUCCGGAUGAUAAUGUUACCACCAAGAUGACAAUUUAGAGCAUGAUUCGCACCAAACAUAUUGCCCCAUGGUCACUGUGUCCUGUGAUGGUUAACGAUCUAAGUCUUAAUGUUGUAAUUAAUUAUUAAUUAAUUGUCAAUUAAUUGUUUUUAAGCACAUUUGAAAUUUCCCCGAAGUCUGUGACACAUAAUUUUAUAAUUGCUUUAGACAUUUUAUUUCAUGACUGUAUAUCUAAAUUAUUUGUCGAAGUUUGAGUUUAAACGGGCUCCCAAAAUUCGAUCAAAUUAUAUUUUUAUUCAAAUUAUUUGUUCAGCACCAA